AAUCUGCCUAGGAUGCUCACAAAAUCUUAGAAUGCUCAUUAAAGUGUUGAACACCACCUCUUCUACUUCAAAAGGAUGUGAUCAUGAUUGGUGCCUAGACCACGUGUGUGGGCAGCACUCUCUCAUCUCUCUUUCCUCUCUAAUUUUCUCUCUCAAUUUUCUUUUUCUUUCUCUCCCAAGAAAAAUUUCCUUGCUUCCCUCGAUUCCAUCUAGCUCUGGGUGAAAUUUUUCUUCCAUGUCAGUUUUAAUGGAUUUGCUUGGCCUUUCCUCAUAAUUCACAUGACUUCUCCUCUCCCUUUCUCUAUCUCUCUCUCUCUUCAAACUUUUCUCUACGCUGAGUAUUUAGGUGGGUUUUUUCUACUCUCAAUUUUUUAGCCAUGGAGGAUUCGUUCUUUCUUCCUUUUAUAAGACAAGAUUAAGUAGAGAGAGACUGAUUCCUGUCUUGAUUAGUCAAACCCAAGUACUUGAUCAAGUAAUAAAGCUUGGAAGUUUUAGUAAUUCUUGUAAUUAUAUGGAGUCAUUAGAUCAGGCGCUAUAUAUAUCGGAGUGAAUAUUUCUCUUUCCUUUUUUCUUUUUUUUUUUUUUAUCUCUUGAUGUUCUGAUCAUCGUAUAUAAUCAAAUCACCAAAUAAUUUUGUCUUUAAUUUCUUUUCUUUCUCGCUCAGAGGCCAUGAAAUUAGCAGGAGGAUUCAUUUUAAGAAGACUGAUGUUUACAGUUUAUAUUGAUGUUUGUUUAGGGUUACCCAUUAAUAUCUCUUGCCUAAUUUGGCAACCUUAGUUAGAUUUGACUGGUUUGAAAAACAAAAUCCACAUCAAAUCAAGUCUCCAAAAGGAGAACAACACAAGGCAAAGAUAGCCCAUCUUCUUUUUUCUUUCAAAAUUUUGAUUCAUCUCUAAUUAAUUCCAUUAGCCAUUAUACGGUGGUGUUUUGCAUGCAUUUUGAUGAUGGCUGAGCAAGGUGGCAACAGUAGUAUGACAGAGUACAGAAAAGGAAACUGGACGGUAAGUGAAACUAUGGUGUUAAUAGAAGCAAAAAGAAUGGAGGAGGAGAGGAGAAUGAAGAGAGUAGGAGAUGUGGGAGAAGGAAGAAACAAAAGAGCAGAGCUAAGAUGGAAAUGGGUUGAAGAUUACUGUUGGAGAAAAGGAUGUUUAAGGAGUCAAAACCAGUGUAACGACAAAUGGGAUAAUCUGAUGAGAGAUUACAAGAAAGUGAGAGAGUACGAGAGGAAGAUUAGUAGAGAUGGUGAAGAAUCAUAUUGGAAAAUGGAGAAGGGUGAGAGAAAAGCAAAAAACUUACCCAGCAACAUGUUGGCUCAGAUAUAUGAAGGUUUGGUUGAGGUUGUGGAGAGAAGAGGUCAUGAUAAUAUAAAUACGAAUCCAAGUUUAGGUUACAUGGGGAUGGAGAAAGCUGCACAUGUGAUGACUAGUAGUAAUGUUCAGACACCGAUGUUGAUCACAUCUCCAUUGUUGGAACAUCAAGUUUCUACUCCAUUAAUGCCUGCAGUGUUGCCAUUGCCGCCGCCAUUAGUACUACCUCAGCCACCGAUGCCUCAACCUCAACCAUCUCCUCCUUCGCAUUCUCAACCAGUAGAUUGUGAUACAAGUGAGGAUUCAGAGACAUCAGGAGCAAAGAGAAGAAGAAGAUCAAGAAGAGAUUACAAUGGGGGAGGAAGCAGUAGUGGUGAAGAAGUGGGGAAUGCCAUAAGGAAAAGUGCAAGCAUUAUAGCAGAAGCACUUGAAGCUUGUGAAGAGAGAGAAGAGAGAAGACACAGAGAAGUUGUAAGUUUGCAUGAAAGAAGACUCAAGAUUGAAGAAUCUAACACUGAGAUUAACAGACAAGGUAUUAAUGGUCUGGUUGAUGCCAUUAACAAGCUUGCUAAUUCUAUCAUGGCUUUGGCUUCUCACAAGAAUCACUCUCCUCCCAAAUGAUCCAUCCAUCCAUCACCCACCAUAUUAAAUUAAUAUCUAUAAUUUUGCAGAUAUAUAUUAAUGUAAGCAUCUCAUUACAAGAGUA